CUGCAACCAUCAUUUCGAAUUGACCAGUAUCGACCACCAUCUAAAACUUUACCAGCGAUAUUGCAUUGAAUCUGCCAUUUUUUUUUUGUUUCUGGUUCAAAAACACGUCUGUGUGUCGCACAAAAAACUUUUUUCAACCCUUAAGCCCACGACACAGGAGUCAAAACGCUUGCACCCAAACCAGAAUGACUCGCAAAGGCCAUCAGAAACCUUUUGAGCCUCGCGUCAAGGUCGACAAUCUCGCUCUCAACGAACGACUUCGGUCGUCUUAUGGCAUUAUCGACAAUGCUAAAAUCAAAGGGUUGCUCAACCAGGCGGAGGAAGAUCUUGCUGGCUACGACCUCGAAAUGGAGCGUGUUCGUAUGGCGUAUGAAGAAGAGAUGCAUCGCCUUCGUAUACGGCGCCAAGGACUGCACAUAUACAUGACGAAUCUUACCGCGCUUCAAUCUCCUAUCCGACGUCUGCCUGAAGAACUAUUAUCUCUGAUCUUCCUACACUGCUGCAAGGAGAACGACUUGACGGCGGACUACGAAGGCUGUCGCAAAGCGAUGGCUAUGACCAUAAGCUGCGUUUGUACCAGAUGGCGAAGGCUGGCGCUUCCAUGUCCAGUAUUUUGGUCGAACCUGACAAUCACGUUCGCUUACAGGAACUCAAAGGAAGAGGAAGCCAAGUUGGUGCACAAAUUGUCAACUUACCUGGAACGAUCAAAAUCGCAUCCUUUGACUUUGGAGCUCACUGCCUAUAUCUUUGAACCCACCACUCAUAGGGCUCUCGCGUUGAUUGCUCGGGAGUCUCAUCGGUGGCAAUAUAUCUUGUUCAGAGGCGAUUUCUUUGGUGGAGAUAACUUUCCCUAUCUGGAACCGCUACGCCUUCCAAUAUUAGAGACGAUGAUAUUCGACAAAUUCGAGGACACGUUUUUCUUCAAAGAACCCCAUUCAGAACCAUUCACUAGCACGUUGAAUUUGAAAUACGUUGUGUUUGGGUCACUUGAAUUGGGCAGCGGUGCCAUAGCACUCUCUCUACCGCUAGAGACAAUCACCUCGCUCGAUUAUGCAUCAAGGACAGACAUCGUCAAAAGUUUAUCCCUAGUCAAACGUUGUACCAAUCUGCGCCAUCUUCGAAUCGACCUCUGGGUAGAUUAUGAUUCAAACGACUACAGCCAUCUAGAGAUUAUCCCGCAAAUACUUUCGAUUGAUACACUUGAGGUGGAUAUUUAUGAAGCCCGUGAACACAGCAACUCGCUAGCAUUGUUCACUUUUCCAAACUUGGUUAAUCUGACGCUGACGGGUGGUGCACCACCCUCAUUCUCGAGGUCGUUCGCGGCACUAAAAUCCUUAUUAGCACGCUCAAAAUGCCACCUCCAAGUUUUGACAAUUCGGGAAUAUCACUGUCUUGCGGAUACCGAUGUGGUUACCCUCUUACUUCAAUUUCCCACCCUACAAGAGCUGUGCAUUGAGGAAGACAAUUACUCUUAUAAACCCCAACCCAUCUCAACCUCGUUCAUCACAAGUCUACACACCUGGAAACAAAGUUCCCUGCGAUGCUCGUCUGCACCCCUCGUUCCUCAAUUGCGUGUCCUCACUCUGAAAACGGCGGCGGAAGAUUUUGACCCUUCUUCCUUCGUCGAGAUGAUCACCUCACGCUGGCUCCCCGACGAAUGUAGUGAAAGGGAGAUUGGUGCUGUGUGCCUGAGAUCAGUUGAAUUGCAUUUGCCCGGAAUUGUAGAUGCGAAGCCCUAUGAGCCACUCACGCAUAUCGACAAGGCUGGGAUGCGGGUUGUUGUGAAGUGUGAAGGGGGAUAUCUUGUUUGAAAUGCACAUUUUCCGGUUGGUCGUUGUGAAACAGCUUUUGUUUUUGGCCGUCCCUUGCAUUCUUUCUUGAAAUUACAUCGAUAGAGACUUUGGGCCUCGGAACAAUGCGGUGGUGCUUUGAAUAUCGAAUAAAACAGAAUACCGAUGUUUUUUGCACUUGUCUAAUUUCUAUGGUACAUUGUUGUUUUCCGAUUUCGACAAGGCUAUAA